GGAAUGACGGCCUCUUGUCAGGCCGUCCAAGGUCGUCGAAACGUAAGGGCGCGCAGCUUCGAAAGGCUCUGACGUUUUUCCCGUGCCCAAAGUUCUAUUUUACCUUCUCCUUUUGCGUGUUCGGGUACUUUGAUAUAGGGUUUUUAACAUUACUAAUUUUCCUCAAAUAGUUUAACUAUCCAGAACCAGUGCUCACUUGUUUGUGAUAAAUUACUUUGAUUUGUCACAUUAGUUUACAAUUGGUCAGGUAUUACAUUGUCCAAAAGGAGCUAAACUGGGAAAUAAAGGCGAAUGCCCGUAAAACAUUCGCUUUACUCCCUACAAAACUUAGUGUGAACUUACGCUGUAUUGCACCACGAUAUUGCCAUUUGCGUGUGCUGUAUUGGGAAUAGACGUUUGAUCUGAAUAUCUUAGAGCGCGCUUUAAGAUAUAUGUCGCGACAUAUAUCAAAACUUAAAACUGUAUCUUUACCCGAAUCUACGCUAAAUAGUCCACCUUCUGACUACUUAAUGCCUUUAACAUGAAUCACUUACCUAAAGGAGGCAACAUUGCACGCCUUUGGCCUUAUGAUGAAGAACGGUUUAUGAAAUUUGUUUACAGGAAUUAUAAACACAGUCCACAUAAAUAUCAUCAACACUGGAGUGUCAGUCGCACGUGUUGAGUAACAGGUAUGUUUAUCAUCGAUUGAUAUCUGGGAAAAUUUAGCAGUUUAUAAGGGUUUUUAAAUAAGUUUGUUUCUUAUUGUGAACCAGUUUCAGUUUAGAAAUAACAAGAGGCUUGAUGGUCUGUGUCAGUCCUGGCAAUGAUGGUCUCUCAGUCGAUCCGACUUUCUUCUGAAAGAGUCGACGGCUGGUGCCCCAACCACAUGCUGAAGUAAUGAAUUCCACUCGUUGAUGAUUCGAAGGGAAAUUCGAUAGUCAGCUGACAAGUAAUUUUUUCUGGGCUUGUGAACUUUUUUGGAGUGUCCUCGUUAAUUCUCUGUUUUGAAUGACAAGAAAAAUGAAGGCACAUUAGGUACAGAUUUAUCACUUAGCAAUUUGAAAACUGUAAUCAAGCCGCCUUUAGUUCUGCAAUAUGAAAACGGGGAUAGAUUUAGCUUAGCCAGUCAAGCAUCAUACGGAAGCUUCGCUAUUCCGGGAAUCAGCUUAGUUGCUGUUCUCUGAAUCUUUUCCAAAAGCUCGAUGUCUUUUUUUAAGCAGAGGCUAGCCGCUUGUAUGCAGUACUCAAGUUUAGGACUCACAAACACUGUAUACAAUUAUUAUUAUUAUUUGAACACAUAAAUAUUGGUAGAAGAGGGCACCAAUAUAUAUGCGCCACACUUUUGUGUGAGGGCUGUCAUACUUCCCGGGUGCCCAGACCGAAGCAGGUGGUUUUCUUAGGGGCCACACCCGGAGCCUUCGAUCUGAAGGUCUGAUCCACGAGGCAGUGGAGCAUCGUAAGGAGAUGCAGUCCUAUGGUAGCUGGUGACCAAAAAUUGGUACGUACGCCAUUUGUUCCUUCGGGAUGCUGGAGCCGAUGUGCACCAUUGGUUUGGAAUCCGGUUAAAGCGCCGGACAUUCGCUUUUCAUCCUCUCAUUUUCGCAAACAAUACCCCCGCCACGAGAAUGCAGUGAGUAGAACUUCCCUGGAAGAGGCUGUAUACGCGUGGCCGUGUGAGAGCAUUGCGAGAGGGAGGAUGGGCCCACCCCACUCUCGGCCAUGCCAGAGCAUUUGGGGGCAAAACGUUUUAGCGUCGACAUGAUUAAAGGCCCUACGUAUUAACCAUAAAGUUCUAAACCCUUUGGCGGCCGUUGCACGGCAGUGUGCAGUGUUCUUUAAGUCUUGACUGACGAUGACUCCUAAGUCAUUGUGUCUGGACAACAGGUAGCUCAGUGUUAUUCAUCGUGUAUGUAUCUGUAUCUUGAUGGCCGAUGUGCAUCACAAUACCCAUGGAAGUAUUAUUCGGCAACUGCCAGGUUCGAGACCAUUAAGAUAAUUUUUCCAGGUCAUUUUGGAGUUGUAAGCUAUCAAUCUUACUUCGUAUCGCUCUCCAUAUCUUGACAUCGUCAGCGUAUAGCAAGGCCGAUGAUUAUAGUAGACGAGGGAAGUCAUUUAUAUAUAAGAGGAAUAACACUGGGUACUGAUUUGUACGAACUUCUAACACCUACUCCUCACUUGUUUAGUUACAUCACGUACCGUCGCGAAUGUCGAAGUGUGUGUAUAGCAUAAUUUAUUUUUAAAAGUUAAUCAUCACAGUAUAAACGAUUAGAGAGAGAGAGUGGGCUUACUCUCCCUACCCUCGACAGUACUAGAGCAUGUGGGAUUAUUGAGUAGCUCUAAAAAUUGAUCUUGCAAAAGAAACCCGUCAGAUAUUUUAAAAGAUCUCAUUCAUCCUUACAACUAGGACCGGGGCCGCCAACUUUAGUUUCGGAAUAAUAACUUUGCUGAUUAGGCUACUCUAGAUUUACAGUAGAGCAGCACGCACCGUGUAGGUUGUCGCUGUGGACUCAUGCGUCAUUGAUAAAGGGUAAAUCCACGGCAUCUUCAUUCACACUUUCCGCUUUGAUACUGUAUUUUGGAUCUGUUUGGAAAAGUAGUGCUUGGUUUACCUAUGUGUCGAAAGUGUACUGCGAACUCGCGACAAUGUAGAACCAGAGUUCAUCAUCACUAUAGCUUAUUACCACCUUGGAUUACCAACCAAUCUACUUAGGUACGUUAAACUAGGGUUAUCCAAUGUAUAAAUGAAUGUUAAUGGUUUAUCAAUAUCUGGCAAUUUGAAUAAACAAUUAGGCUCCAUUUUCCUUGUGGGAUUGAUGAUACCUUCAUGACCGGUGUUUAUGGUGUUUGUAAUAAUCCUUCAAACUUCAAUCAGGUAGUUUCAUUUACGAUUUUCAAAUAUAUACAGUAGGGAAACCUUGAGCUUUACAGUCAAACGUCUAACAGUUAUGUUUCUGUCCAGUCAGUCACCAUCAUACUUGACUCACCGGCUUAUUCUGAAGUUUGAGUUAACUGUUAGUUAUGAUAGGUGUGUAGUUAGGGGACGUCGUCUUAACGGCAUGAUGGCAAAUGUACUUUGUGUGCUGAUUAAGGUUCUUACCUAAAGAGUCAAGCUAUUCAUCAUCAUUGAUAUUCCGACUUUUGGAUAUUAGACAUUAACGUAGUGUCUGAUUUCCCUUUGGACACUAUGUAUUUGGUUUACUAAGGCGUCGUCAAAAAUGUGAUUUCUUUGUGAAUAGGAGCAUAGAUAAAACUUUUAUUGCUACCAUUAAUAAAUCCGUCCUUCAAUAGUGUACCUAGUGGCGCCGGAGUAUUAUCUCAGUUUCCUUCCCCUAUCAACUGGAGGUAUUGGAAACUGAAAACAUGUCGUCAGCAAGAAGAUAUGGAGAAUAGACUUGCAAAACUAUGGGUUUCUUCUAUAAUUCACCAACAUUUCAAAUGACUAGUGUGACAUUUUUCAUGGAUGACAAUCAGUAAACGUCCCUAAAAUAUAUUCUAGCCUAAGUUAUGAGACCAGAAUUACCUGCUAGUUAUGCUUUACUUGGAAGUUAAUUUGUGUAUUCUCAUCACACACUUCUUGAGGGCUAAUGAUUCUACCCGGUCGCUCAGUACGAUGUUUAUUGAGCAGCGUUCAAUCUCAGGACUUAGUGUUCGGAUGUUGAACCCUUUAUCUAUAAAGCUGAUACUGAUUAACGAACAUUUAUACUAUACUCUUCGUCCUUUAUGACUGUUUGAUUAAGGAAAUGUAUAACUGCUCUUAAUAUCCAAGCUAAUAGAAACCCUAUAUGUUAAUAGUAUAUUUUGCGAAAUCGUACUAGUGAUGUUUUUUGUUUGUAAAAUAAAUCUACCCACAAAAAAAUGUUCACUCUAUUUCUAUAUUAUUGUUUGUUGUUUUAUAUUUUAUUCUACAAUUCAGUAUCUGAUGUUCUUGGGUACAUUAGUUAAUUGUGUACUAAGAUUGUACUAUCAUCACUUGUUCUGAAUCACUCAACUGUACCAAUACUGGUCGAAGACCUUGGAAACGCCUUGCUGUUAGAAUAAUAUACCAAAAUAUAUGGCUAAUUUGCGAGCUUUCAUUGUCGGUAGUACUGGCGAAACAGGAAAAGCAUUAAUCAAAGCCUUAGCCAAAGAUACUAGAUACAGUUCUAUCAAAUUAAUUCAAAGGCGUAAAACAGAUGUUGAUUAUGGUUUUGAAAACAAAGAUUCUGAAAAUCGUUUCACUCAGAUUAUUAUAGAUUUCGACCAUUUAGAUGACUAUCAAGAAGUAUUUCAAGAUACUGAUGUGGGUUUUUGUGCCUUUGGGACAACCUUAAAAAAAUCAGGAAAGGAAAAAAUGAGGAUAAUAGACCAUGACUAUGUAAUUCAUAUUGCAAAGUUAAGUUCUGCAGCUGGAUGUAAAGAAUUUCAUCUUGUCAGUUCAAAAGCAGCAAAUAAAACAAGUAUCUUUUUUUAUCUUCAACUUAAAGGUGAAACAGAAUCAGAUUUAAUAUCCCUUAAUUUAUUUCCUAAAUGUCUUGCAAUUUAUCGUCCAGCUACUUUAUUAUGUUCACGUGUUGAAUCACGACUAGCGGAAAGAGCUUUUCAAAUUUUAUUGAAACCUUUCGCAUAUUUUGCACCGACAUUAUUAACAACACCAAUUGAUAUCCUUGCAAAGGCUAUGGCUAAUGCUCCAUUUAGUUCAAAAUUAAAAACUGAUUUAUCUGCACAGCAAGAAAAAUCAUUACCUAAAAAUGUGUAUAUUUUUGAAAAUUCUGAUAUUUUCUUACUUGCAUCAGACAACUAA